AUGGCUUCCUCGGUGAUCGGUAGCGUUUUCCUGGGCGACGUCCAGCGCCACCGGCUCCUCUCCUCUUCCUCCUCCACGCCGCCGUCCUCGCCGCCGCCGCACAUAUCCCCUUCCACGAUGAGCAGCCUGUACGACCUCGACCUCGACAUUCCCGAGGAGGCGCCAAAGACGAGCGGCCCCCCACCGAGCGUACCGCCGGUCCUGUCACUCGACCUGCGCAUCCGAUGGCUCGAGGCACUGCUAUACGGCGCACAGCAGGAUGGGCGCGAGCGCGGCGGUGCAAAAGCGCACGAGCUGAAGAAGGGGGAAACGCUGAUGCGCCGCGCCGAGGAGCUGCAGCGGAAGGUGGACGGCAUCGUGCAGAGUAAUGACGGGCUGAAAAAAUUCAUGGAGCAUUACGACCAGCACGCGCACCUGCUCACGCCGGCUUUCGCGCUCUCGGGAACCCUCCCCACCGCAGCGCCGACGUACGAGAACAUGUCCCUGAGCGAGCUCGAGGCGUUCCUCGUUGAGAUGGAACCGGACAUCCGUGCUGCAGACCGCGACCUGCGCGAGAUCAGCCUCCUUGAGAGCAAGGGUGUCACGGGCGCGGGCAAGCUCGCCGACUACAAAAUAUUGCAACCGCGUCUCGAGGCUCUGGUGCAGGCGCAUACAGAAGACCUUGAGAAGGCGGCAGAUUUGGAAAAACGCAUCGCCGCGUUGAUGGACCGGUAUGCUACUUCGGUGGACACUCUGUCGGAACUGUUUGUCGCGUGGGACGACGCAGUCAGAGAAGCGGAGGACCAUGUUGCGAAGCUGGAGCGCGACAGAGAGGAGAGGCGACGGCUGGGUUACGAAUAA